AUGUAUAAGGACGCCGUCACGGUUGCUGCAUUUCUGAAAAUUCCCUUUCUAUGGAUUGAUGGCCUGUGUAUCAUCCAAGGCGAUGCCGACUUCAAGGACUGGGCGGAGCAGUCUUCACAGAUGGCAGAAAUCUACGGAAACGCAGUUCUGGUGAUCGUGGCUGCUGAUUCCAACAGUGUUGAGGAAGGCUUCCUCUCUACACCAAAGCUGCCACAAGAACUCGUCAAAUUCCAGUCUUCGGCAUUGGGAAGUCUGGAGAAUAGGAGCGAAGGAACUGGCUUGAGCGUGUUUGCCAGAGCUAUGCUGGACCACAGUUGGCUUGGCUGGUCCACAUUGGCGGAACCAAAAUCCCACGGGACACUGAGCCGCAGCUGGUGUUUCCAAGAGGAAGUCCUUGCAUCUCGACUCCUCACCUUUUUUGGAGGCGAGAUGAACUUCCAAUGUCUUGAAGACGAAUACCGAUGCGAAUGUGCAUACCCCGCCGCACCCCUGGGCCUUGUCACGAUCAAGGAGCUGUACGAGCCUCGCUUGGAACUAGGCGAUAUGGAAACUCCAAAUUGGAUGUGGCAGAGUACCGUGGAGCACUACACCCGACGGAAGCUGACGGUGGCCACCGAUAGGCUUACUGCACUAUCUGGAGUCGCCCGGGUCGUGCAGUCAAGUCUCCGCACAAAGUACGCUGCCGGUCACUGGCUAGAUCGCGACUUUCUGUGCAGCUUGUGUUGGGCGCCUGUGAGAAACAGGGAAACCGAGCGCACCUAUUCACAAGAUUACGUUGCUCCGUCGUGGUCUUGGGUUGCCCAUAACGGACCUAUCACCAUGUGA